AUGAGUGAUAAAAACAGUCGUAUCGCUAUUGUUAGCGCUGAUAAAUGUAAACCAAAGAAGUGUCGUCAAGAGUGUAAACGUUCAUGUCCUGUUGUGAAAACUGGUAAAUUAUGUAUCGAAGUCACUCCAACUUCAAAGAUUGCAUUCAUCUCCGAAAUCUUGUGUAUCGGUUGUGGUAUUUGUGUUAAGAAAUGUCCAUUUGAUGCUAUUCAAAUUAUUAAUUUGCCAACUAAUUUAGAAGCCCAUGUCACUCACCGUUACUCUGCCAAUAGUUUCAAGUUGCACAGAUUGCCAACUCCAAGACCGGGUCAAGUCCUUGGUUUGGUCGGUACCAACGGUAUCGGUAAAUCUACCGCCUUGAAAAUCUUAGCUGGUAAACAAAAACCUAAUUUAGGUCGUUUUGAUGAUCCUCCUGAAUGGCAGGAAAUUAUCAGAUACUUCCGUGGUUCUGAAUUACAAAACUAUUUCACCAAGAUGCUGGAAGAUGAUAUCAAGGCUAUCAUUAAACCUCAAUACGUUGAUAACAUUCCCCGUGCUAUUAAGGGCCCAGUUCAAAAAGUUGGUGAGCUUUUGAAACUGAGAAUGGAAAAGACUCCCGAAGAUGUAAAACGUUACAUCAAAAUUUUACAAUUGGAGCAUGUUUUAAAGAGAGAUAUCGAAAAGUUAUCAGGUGGUGAAUUGCAAAGAUUUGCCAUUGGUAUGUCAUGUGUUCAAGAGGCUGAUGUUUAUAUGUUCGAUGAACCUUCAUCUUAUUUGGAUGUUAAACAACGUUUGAAUGCUGCCCAAAUUAUCAGGUCUCUGUUGGCCCCAACCAAAUACGUUAUUUGUGUUGAGCACGAUUUGUCAGUUUUGGAUUAUCUUUCUGAUUUCGUUUGUAUUAUAUAUGGUGUUCCAUCUGUUUACGGUGUUGUUACAUUACCAGCUUCUGUCAGAGAAGGUAUCAACAUAUUCUUGGAUGGUCAUAUUCCCGCUGAAAAUCUAAGAUUCAGAACUGAAGCUUUACAAUUUAGAAUAGCCGAUGCCACCGAAGACUUACAAAAUGACUCUGCUAGUCGUGCCUUCACUUAUCCAAGUUUGAGAAAAACCCAAGGUGAUUUCGUAUUGAAUGUAGAAGAAGGUGAAUUCUCCGAUUCUGAAAUCCUUGUUAUGAUGGGUGAAAACGGUACCGGUAAGACCACUUUGAUCAAAUUGCUAGCUGGUGCUUUGAAGCCAGAUGAAGGACAAGAUAUUCCUAAGCUGAAUGUCUCCAUGAAACCACAAAAAAUUGCACCAAAGUUCCCAGGUACCGUUAGACAAUUGUUUUUCAAAAAAAUUAGAGGUCAAUUUCUAAAUCCACAAUUUCAGACUGAUGUCGUUAAGCCUUUAAGAAUUGACGAUAUUAUUGAUCAAGAAGUCCAACAUUUGUCCGGUGGUGAAUUACAAAGAGUUGCCAUCGUCUUGGCAUUAGGUAUCCCAGCAGACAUAUACUUGAUUGAUGAGCCAUCUGCUUACUUAGAUUCCGAACAACGUAUUAUUUGUUCCAAAGUUAUCAGAAGAUUCAUCUUGCAUAAUAAGAAAACUGCGUUUAUUGUCGAGCACGAUUUCAUUAUGGCUACUUAUCUUGCUGACAAGGUCAUUGUCUUUGAAGGUAUCCCUUCCAAGAAUGCUCAUGCAAGAGCCCCUGAAUCUUUGUUAACUGGUUGUAACAGAUUUUUGAAGAAUUUGAAUGUCACUUUCAGAAGGGAUCCAAACUCUUUCAGACCAAGAAUUAACAAGUUAGAUUCCCAAAUGGAUAAAGAACAAAAAUCAUCGGGGAACUACUUUUUCUUGGAUAACACCGGUAUUUAA